CGCCUAGGAAAAUUGGUACCAGAAUGCAUAAACCAACAUGUCGCGGACGGCCGGCACAUGCAAAACUCCAAGCAAGGGCACAUCAGUUUGACCGGAUGGCAACAGCAGCCCAACACAACGCAAAGAGCAUGGGCUCGAAAAAGCCUCACUGAGACCGAGCUCACCACCGCGCGCACGCCUGCUGUGGACCAUGGCCGUCGUUCUCGUCGAUGCCGGCGGCGGCGGCGGCGAUGAUCGGCAGUACGGCGGGAGGAUCACCGUGUUCGUGGCGCUCUCCUGCGUCACGGCGGCCUUGGGCGGCGCCAUCUUCGGCUACGACCUCGGGACCUCAGGCGGCGUGUCAUCCAUGGGGUCGUUCCUCAGGGAGUUCUUCCCGGACGUGUACCGGCGGAUGCAGGGCGACGUGCGCGUCAGCAACUACUGCAAGUUCGACAGCCAGCUGCUGACGCUCUUCACCUCCUCGCUCUACAUCGCCGGCCUGCUCACCGCGCUGCUCCUCUCGUCGUGGUUCACGGCCAGGCGCGGGCGCCGGCCGUCCAUGAUCGUCGGCGGGGUGGCGUUCCUCGCCGGUGCGGCGGUCAGCGGCGGCGCCGUGAACGUCUACAUGGCCAUUCUCGGCAGGGCCCUGCUCGGCGUCGGUCUUGGCUUCGCCAAUCAGGCAGUGCUUCUGUACCUGUCUGAAAUGGCCCCUGCACGAUACCGAGGAGCAUUCAGCAACGGCUUCCAGCUGACCCUGUGCCUGGGAUCUCUCGCCGCGAACGCCAUCAACUACGGCGCCGACAAGAUCACCGGCGGCUGGGGCUGGAGGCUGUCGCUGGGCCUGGCCGGCGUCCCCGCCGCGUUCUUCACGCUGGGCGCCAUCUUCCUGCCGGAGACGCCCAACAGCCUCGUGCAGCAGGGCGAGGACCGCGGCAAGGUGCGAGCGCUGCUGCAGAGGAUCAGAGGCACGGACGCCGUCGACGCCGAGCUGGACGACAUCGUCGCGGCGAGCGGCGUGGCGCGGGGCGGCGGCGGCGAUGGCCUGCGGCUGAUCCUCUCGCAGCCAAGGAACCGGCCGCAGCUCGCGAUCGCCGUGCUGAUGCCGGCGUUCACGCAGCUCAACGGGAUCAACGCCAUCGGGUUCUACGCGCCGGUUCUGCUCCGCACGGUCGGCAUGGGCGAGAGCCUGGCCCUGCUCUCCGCGGUCAUCACGGUGGUCAUCUACACGGCGUCGACGGUCGUGUUCAUGUUCGUCAUCGACCGGUUCGGCCGGCGCACGCUCCUGAUCGCCGGCAGCCUCCAGAUGCUGGCCUCCGAGCUCCUGAUCGGCGCCAUCAUGGCGGCGGAGCUCGGCGACGAGGGUGGGAUGGGCCGGGGCUACGCGGCGGCGCUGUUCGUGCUCAUCGGCGUGUACGUGGCUGGCUACAGCUGGUCGUGGGGCCCCAUGACGUGGUUGGUGCCCACGGAGGUGUUCCCGCUGGAGAUCCGGUCGGCGGGGCAGAGCGUGACGGUGGCGUCCGGGUUCGUGUUCACCAUCUUCGUCGCGCAGGGGUUCCUCGCCAUGCUGUGCCGGAUGAGGGCGUGGCUCUUCUUCUUCUUCGCAGGGUGGAUCGUGGUGAUGACGGGCUUCGUGUACUGGUUCUUGCCGGAGACGAAGGGGAUGCCCAUCGAGCAGGUCCGCAAGGUGUGGAUUGAGCACUGGUUCUGGGGGAGGGUGGUGGGUGUGGAUGAAUCGCAGGCGAGCGACAAGCUGUGAAAAAACUCUAGCUAGAUGACCGGCACACAGUUAGAUCUAACCUCAAUGCAAAUUCUGGGCUGUGCAGAUUCAUCUGGGUUGUUCAUCUGAUAUGCAGAAUUCAUUAAGCUCUUAAAGAAACUGCAUCAGUUGUCCAACUGGUUACAUUGUUACAAGAAUCUGCUGAUUGUAGUAUUGAAACUGGGUAUAAAGACUGAAUGGUUGACAGAUAUCA